AUGGCGGCGCCGCUCCGGACCCUCCUGCUGGCCCUCGCCCUGGGCCUGGCCCAGCCAGCCGCUGCCCCCCGGAAGCUACUGGUGUUCCUGCUGGAUGGUUUCCGCUCGGACUACAUCAGCGACGAGGCCCUGGAGUCCCUGCCCGGUCUGAAGGAGAUUGUGACCCGGGGGGUGAAAGCGGACUACCUGACCCCCGACUUCCCCACGCUCUCCUAUCCCAACUACUACACCCUGAUGACCGGCAGACAUACUGAGGUCCACCAGAUGAUCGGGAACUACAUGUGGGACUCCAACACCAACAAGUCAUUUGAUAUCGGUGUCAACAAAGACAGCCUGAUGCCACUCUGGUGGAAUGGGUCAGAACCUCUGUGGGUCACCCUGACCAAAGCCAAGAGGAAGGUCCACAUGUACUACUGGCCAGGCUGCGAGGUUGAGAUUCUUGGUGUCAGACCCACUUACUGCCUGGAAUACAAAACUUCCCCAACGGAUAUCAAUUUUGCCAACGCAGUCAGCGAUGCUCUCGACUCCCUCAAGAGUGGCCGCGCCGACCUGGCCGCCGUCUACCACGAGCGCAUCGACGUGGAGGGCCACCACUACGGGCCCUCGUCGCCGCAGACGAAAGACGCCCUGAAGGCAGUGGACACCGUGUUCAAGUACAUGGCCAAGUGGAUCCAGGAGCGGGACCUGCAGGACAACCUCAAUGUCAUCAUCUUCUCCGACCAUGGGAUGACGGACAUCUUCUGGGAGGACAAAGUGAUUGAGCUGAAGCAGCACAUCAGCCUGGGGGACCUGCAGCAAGUGAAGGACCGAGGGCCCCUUGUGAGCCUCUGGCCUGCCCCCGGGAAGCACGCGGAGAUUUACAACAGGCUGCGGACCGUGGAGCACAUGACUGUCUACGAGAAGGAAGCCAUCCCGAGCAGGUUCCACUAUAAGAAAGGGAAGUUCGUCUCUCCCCUGACCUUACUGGCCGAUGAAGGGUGGUUCAUAACGGAGAGUCGAGAGCAGCUUCCGUUCUGGAUGAACAGCACCGGCAAGCGGGAAGGCUGGCAGCGCGGGUGGCACGGCUACGACAACGAGCUCAUGGACAUGCGGGGCAUCUUCCUGGCCUUCGGACCCGAUUUCAAAUCCAACUUCCGAGCCGCCCCGAUCCGCUCCGUGGACGUCUACAACCUCAUGUGCCGCGCGGCCGGCAUCACCCCGCUGCCCAACAACGGGUCCUGGUCCCGCGUGAUGUGCAUGCUGAAGGGCCCGGCCAGCUCGGCACUGCGGCCUCUGCCCGCUGGCCUGGCCCUGGCCUCCACUCUGCUCUUGCUCCUUCAGUAG